UCACUGCAGGUACUAACCAAUCCACAAUACUUUCAAACCCAUCCACCCAACACAGCCCAACCACGGACACGGCCACCUCGUCCGGGAUCGCCCUGCCCACUCCUCUCCUCUUCAGCAGCAUCGUCGGCCCGAGCUUCUUGUUCCUGCUCGCGGCUAUUGCCUACUCCCUACACAGAGAUCGAGUGAAUCAGAGACUUGCCGAUGAGAAGGAUGCGAGCGGCAAGCCUCUGGAGCGGCAGGACACAACGGAAACGGUGGCCAUGUCCCAGACAGCACUCGACACCCUGCUGCCGAAGACGCUUGUCAAGCAGGAAACGAUGACGUCCGUGUUCGAUCUGACCGGUAGUAGCUCCUCGGCUGCGUUUACUAACACGCCCUCGAAUUUCGGCAUGAACUUUGCCGCGCUAAACAACAAUGCUGCUCUGGACCUGUCUCCUGGCGAGGACAAUGCUGCCUGGACCGGGCAUGGACGAGGCAGCAACAGGAGAGGGUUUGCGAGCGCGAGGAGGUCCGCGCAUACAUCGUCGCUGUGUGGUCGGCCACCCAUGGCCGUCCCGUCGGCGACGGCAACCGCCACCACACCCAUAGUGCGUGAGUGGGACGCUGCCGGGGGUAGCCUGUCGUCCACGCACUCGUUUCUGACGCACACGGGGGUUAUGCUAUCGCCUUCGCCCACCGGCGUCGAUCCGCACUGCGUACUCCUGGAUAGCCCCUCCACCACCAGCACCGUGCUCACCACGUCUGAUAGCCAUUACAACUCCUACGCUGCCGGCUCACCCCUGCUACAACGAGCCGCCCUGUCGACCGAGGCCUCGAGUUCAGGACAGGUCAGGAAUUCAGGACAGCAGCAGCGUCUCAAUACCAUUCCCGUUGGCGCGCCCUCGCUGCAACGGGCCGCCCUGUUGGUCGAGGCCUCACUUUCAGGCCAGCGGCAAGGUCCCAAUAGCUUUCCCGUCUCACCGGACGCAAGUCCGAACAACAACAGCAACAACAACAACGACAGCAUGCAAUGUGCAACGCCGCCGAUCAAGAAGAGAAAGACAGGGAGCCUGGUGGAGGAUCCGAGAAGCGACGAAAGCAAGCCACAGGCCAGGUCCUCGGCGGCGGAAAGAAGCAGCAGCGGCAGAGUGUACGCCGGCGACAAACACAGCUCACUGGGACGCCGAGCAGGACAGUCGUACACGUCGGGUAGGCUACCUCCGGUACUGUCAGCGAGUGGCACCGCUGCCGGUGUCGGCAUCUUUCCGGCGCGCGGUCUUAAGAGCAUGUUCUCAGUGGGCACAAGCAGCCGACGGCAUACGGUGUCAAAGGACAAAAACAUUGCCGACGACCCUCCAUACAGUUACCCGUUCACAAUCGAUGACUUGUGCGAGCAGCGGGAGACGGAGACGGAGCCUGCGUCGUCGAAAGAGACGUGGAAGCCGCUGGCUUCCUUUCGCAGCAUGCCUGGUGGCAGCAGGCGUUGCAAGGUCUCCAGGGCUCAGCCACGGCGCCCUCACUCACCAGCAAAUACGCUGGAAACAUGCGACGAUGAUGACACCGGCGUGGCCACGGCGGCGGAGAUAACGCCAGCGGGGGUGGUGCCCGAGGCGCAACCGAGGGUGCUGCUGCGUACGAGCACGAUGCCGAUCACCAGGUCGACCGAGGACAUGAAUCCGUAUACAACGCCGCUGGACAUCCCGGUGAAGGACACUAUAGCAGGCGGCGGUGGCAGCAGCCGACGAAACACUACCAGUGCGGUGUCGAAUAAGACGACUGUGACCUUACCAGCCCUCACGCAGCCCGUGUACAAGCAGCAAGCGCCCACGAUAUCCGUGAACACGGGGAGUUGCCAUCUCCACGACGACGACAUCGGCAGAGGCGAUGGUAGAAGCAUCGGCGGCGCGACGCAAACCUCGCCCGCGCGCUCAGCGUACUGCGGCGCCCAGGAGCCAGUCAAGCGUACGCAUGCAAUGGCCUCGGAUACGAUGCCACAGCCACAUCCCCAGCCAGCAUGCAAGAUUAUCCAGGACAGGGCGGUGUGCAGCAUAGACCAUGGCAGUGCCGGCAGAGAAGUGGCAAGCAACAGCAGUGGUGAAGUGACAAGCAGACGUGGUGAUCACAUAAUCAACAGUGGAGAUCAGAAAAGCAGGAGUGUUGAACAGAGGAGCAGAAGAGAAUUGACAAGCAGCUGUGGUAAUGAGACAAGAAGCUGUGUUGAUCUGAAAAGCAACAAUAGUGAUCGAGCAAGCAGCUAUGGUGACCAGCACACAAGCAGCUGUGCUGAUCAUAGGAGCAGCAGAGGCAGCAGGAUUAGCAGUUGCCCGUCGGCAGCCAUGGCAGCAAACAUGGCCGCCGACAAUAUGACGUCGCCGUACAUGACGUGCACUCCGAGACGCGAGCACGUGGACGACGCCUCGUCGUCAACGGACGGCAGUACUACGACGGUGGACACCAGGUCUCCAUGUGACACAUCGUCAUCAUCAUCAUUGUCGACAUUGGUCUCACCCCGUCGUGGUGUUGUCGGCACGGCCGACGCCUGGAAGCUGCCUAGCAACCGUGUCGCUAAGGCCAUGUCGAGCAAGCAACGGCGCCGGGUCAACUCCACACGCUUGUUGCGCUGGCAAUCAAACACGUCGAUCGAGCGGAUAAUCUCGACGGCCGUGGACACGCGGCCCGCCGACCGACUGAAGAAGCUCACGCGCCACAAGUCGAUGAUCUGCUUCGACAACUUGAUCCGCACCCCGUACCCGGACAGCCCACCAUCACUGACGACGAGGAGGAAGGCUACCACCAUCGCCAGCUCUUUACCAACAGACUUUGCCGGCUCCCCGCCAUCGCCACAGGCCGUCAGCCAGCGGAAGCAGCAGCGGCUGCGCAGGCUGUUGUCGACAAGCUCGUCGCCCGACUCCAUCCGCGCCGUCUGCACCAGGGAGGGCGUCACCCACGUGGUCGUUGUCGGUGAUACGUCUAGCUCACCGUCGCCGGUGGCGUCGGAAACAAAUAGCGACGCGGCGCACACAAUGGCACAGCCGACGAGCGAUGACCGAGCUCUAGCGGCCGGGAGCCACGCGGCAAACACACCACUAUCACAGCCGGCAUGUGAUCUGACCGCCAGCGGCCAGGUCUUUGAAAUACAAUUCUAACCGCCGGAGUAGUAGUAGUAGUAAAAUGCCGCUAUUUUACUACUCCCCGAUUCAAACACAUUAUUGUGGUCGCGCCUGUAAAGGCUAACAGACAUUUGCAGACUCGCGCUGCACCGACGCAAACUACCGGCAGUUCCCUUUUUCCCAUUGUCCUCGUAGCAGCACCUGCCGAAGCCAACUCGACAGCACACACCGAGUUGUUUACCGCGCUUCUGUAUCUUUCUAGCUUUUUUUAGCUUUAUAAAUCUACGUGCACUGGAACGUGCGCUUUUCUUCGUUUAACCGCACAGGUGCUAGUGUCUUCGACACUGACCCAUGGAAUGGAUAUCGUGUUCGCCAGUUUGCUGGUAUCCAGAAACAUUACUUUAUAAUUAUUUUUACCACCACAUGAAUCUAUUACAAAUUAGUUUUAUAAAUAAUCGUUGCAACCUUGAAUCCGCUACGCACAACGUUGAACUUGUAAUAGUUGUCAAAGCGGUCAUGUCAUCUGGGAAAGUAUUGUAUCUAGCUCAUGAACGAAAGCUUGUUCAGGUAUCAUUUCUUCUGU